AUGGAUCUCAAACAUCAGUGUGUAAAACUAAAUGAUGGUCACUUCAUGCCUGUUCUGGGAUUUGGCACCUAUGCACCAGAAGGGGUGCCUAAAAGUAAAACUGAGGAGGCAACCAGAUUAGCUAUUGAUGCUGGAUUUCGUCAUAUUGAUUCAGCGUAUCUGUAUGAAAAUGAAAAGGAAGUUGGACAAGCCAUCCGAAGCAAGAUUGCUGAUGGCACUGUGAAGAGGGAAGACAUAUUCUACACUUCAAAGAUUUGGAUCACUUUCCUUCGACCAGAGUUAGUUCGGUCUGCAUUGGAAAUCUCACUGAAAAAACUUCAGCUGGACUAUGUUGAUCUCUACAUUAUUCAUUUUCCAGCAGCUUUGAAGCCUGGAGAGGAGCUGAUUCCACAAGAUGAACAUGGAAAACCAUUAUUUGAUACCGUGGAUCUCUGUGCCACAUGGGAGGCACUGGAGAAGUGUAAGGAUGCAGGGUUGACCAAAUCCAUUGGAGUGUCCAACUUUAACCACAAACAGCUGGAGAUGAUCCUGAACAAGCCAGGACUCAAAUACAAGCCUGUCUGCAAUCAGGUGGAAUGUCAUCCUUAUCUCAACCAGAGCAAGCUCCUGGAUUUCUGCAAGUCUAAGGACAUUGUUCUGGUUGCCUACAGUGCUCUGGGAUCUCACCGAGAAAAAAAAUGGGUGGACCAGAGCUCCCCUGUUCUUUUGGAUGAUCCAGUUCUUUGUGCCCUGGCAAAAAAGCACAAGCGAACCCCAGCCCUGAUUGCCCUUCGUUACCAGCUACAGCGUGGGGUCGUGGUCCUAGCCAAGAGCUUCACUGAGAAAAGGAUCAAAGAGAACAUGCAGGUUUUUGAAUUCCACUUGCCUUUAGAGGACAUGAAAACCAUAGAUGGCCUAAACCAAAAUGUUCGUUAUAUCACGAUUUCAUUGUAA